AUGGCUACCUACCUCGUCACCCAAGCCACCGGCCACCAAAGCCAAUGGACCAUCAAGCACCUCCUGGAAGCAGGCGCCAAAGUCCACGCUGUUGUCCGCGACCCUGCAAAGGUACAGGCCAAAGUGCUCAAGGAGCCAGGCGUCACCAUCUUCCAGGGCAACACCAACAACCUGGAGGAGAUCACCCGCGCCGCCCAGGGCUGCAAGGGCGCCUUCCUAAACACCUUCCCCAUCCCUGGCAUCGAGACCGAGCAGGCCAAGACCGUUGUCGAGGCCUGCAAGAAGGUCGGCAUCGAGUCUAUCGUUGCGACCACGACAUUCGGCACGGGGCACAGACACAUGUGGGAUGAGGAAGUCACCAAGGAGAUCGGCCUGCACGGCUACUAUAGCUCCAAGGCCUCGAUUGAAGAUGCCGUUCGCCAGAGCGGCCUCAAAUACACCAUCCUCCGGCCGGCCUUUAUCCACUUCAACUACUUUGGAGCCAGCGCCGAGCACAACUUCCCCGGCAUCUCUACCACGGGCGAGCUCGUCCACUCCUACGAGGAAAAUGCCAGGAUGCCCCACACCGACGCCAGUGACAUCGGCAAGUACGCCGCGGCGGCUCUGCAGAACCCGUCCAAGUUCAACGGCAAGGAGAUUGAGCUCAGCAACGAGCCGCUCACCGUCAAGGAGGCGAGGGACAUUGUCGCCCGGGUCAGUGGUAGGGAGGUGCGUCUGAGGAAGCGCACCCCCGCCGAGGUCGAAGAGGCAAAGACCACCGCCUUUGCUCAGCGCUUCCACCUUUUCACGAACGCCAAGGAUUUCAGCACGAUCUUCGAGAAGGUUGGUAAGGUACAGGAGGAGUUUGGGAUUCCGUUCACGUCUUUCGAGGAUGCGUUGAAGAGGGAGCGCGAUGAACUUCUGGCGACCAUUCCAGCUUAG